AGGGUCCCUAUGUCCCUUCAUUUCUAUUAGUGGAAUUCGCCGUCCACCUUCCAAGAAGCGCACCGCCACCCCAUCAGUCACGUGGUUGGUUAGGGUGCAGUGACGUCACCAGAGACAGAUUUGUGAAGAAUAAGCAGACUAGAGAACGAGCCGAGGUGCGUCACUUUAUAUUGCAUCGUCCUUUCAUAGAGAGAGAGCAGAUAAUCUGUUCAAUAUUUUAGAGACCCAAUGCCUGGUCCCACCCAAGCACUGUCCCCAAAUGGAGAGAAUAACAACGACAUCAUCCCAACGGACGGAUCCAACUGCAUUCCUUACAGAAAAAAUACAGUGCGAGGAGAGCGCGCCUACAGUUGGGGGAUGGCGGUCAACGUAUAUUCUACCUCAAUAACCCAGGAGACUAUGAGCAGGCAUGAUAUCACUGCCUGGGUUAACGAUCUUCUCGGUCUGAACUACACUAAAGUGGAGCAGCUCUCCUCAGGAGCGGCCUACUGCCAGUUCAUGGAUUUGCUAUUCCCUGGCUGCGUCCAUCUUAAGAAGGUUAAGUUCCAGGCUAAAUUCGAGCAUGAGUACAUUCAUAACUUCAAGCUGCUGCAGGCCUCUUUCAAGAGAAUGAAUGUGGACAAGAUUAUUCCUGUGGAGAAGCUUGUGAAAGCCAGAUUUCAGGACAACCUUGACUUCAUCCAGUGGUUUAAGAGGUUCUUUGAUGCCAACUAUGACGGUAAAGAUUACGACCCACUUCAGGCCAGACAGGGUCAGGAUGCCAUCCCCCCACCUGACCCCGGUGAGCAGAUCUUCAACCUGCCAAAAAAGUCCCAACACCACGCAGCCAGCUCCCCCACUGCAGGAGCCACCAGGGCAAGUGCAACAACCCCGAAACAAAACCCCUGCAGCCCCCAUCCAUCCUCCAGACCCUCUUCAGCGAAAAGAAUCCCAGUUGCAACUCCAACAACAACUCCGGCCAAAGGAGAGCGGGAACUGGAAGCACAGGUCACAGGGCUCAACGACCAGGUGAACACAUUAAAACUUGCACUUGAGGGUGUGGAGAAGGAGAGGGACUUUUACUUUGGAAAGUUGCGGGAUGUGGAAGUGCUGGCACAGGAACAAGGUCAGGAGAGCGCCCAGUUCGUGGAGCGGCUAAUGGAGAUUCUGUACUCUGCAGACGAACAGGAAGGUGCAGGAGAGGUGGAUGGAGAAGAUGUGGAUCCAGGGGUCCAUGAAGAGGAUGUUCCUGAUGAUCAGCAGGAUGAGUACUGACUGCCAUCACUCCCUGUCCUUGCCCCUGGCCACAGCCCUGGCCCCACCACAACACCAUGCCCUUUUGUUUUGUGAGAAUUUUGUUACAGGUUUUAUUUUUUUUAUUUUCUCAUUUGUAUUUUUUCCCUCAUGGUUUGUUUAUUUUUUGGUUCUCCUGAAGACUGAGCACAUGAAACAACCUCAUGCAAAGAAACAUGACCCUAGUUUUUAUAUAUAUAUAUAUAUAUAUAUAUAUAUUAUUUCCUCUGCCGUUCUACAUUCUGUGUGUUAUUGUGACUGUUGCGAAAUGCUGUGGGCAGGUGGCUGUUAUUACAUACCGCCACAUGCAGACAAGCUCAGAACAUCACAGAAGUUUCCAAGGACAGUGGGAAAAAAAACAAGUCAUCCAAAAUUCUAGAUGUGACAAAAUGUUGUAGUAUGGAGUGGACAGAUAGUGUUUUUAUCUGUCAGCAAGUGUUAUGUUGCCAGCUUCGGUCGGUCCCGUGAUCCUUCCAUUAUGUACGUUGUUUCAAAGUUAUUGUUUAUUUUAUUUUUUAUUACAUAUCAACCAUAUUAAUCAUGAGAAUGCAAUAAGAAAAAGCCUUGAAGGGCUCGUAGUAUCUCCUAUUUAACCUUCCUCCAUAUGUUGCACUGACAUUUGACUCUGGAAUGGAUAAUACUGUAUGUCCACACAAUUACAAAUUAAUUACUAUAACAAUAAUUAAAGCUUAGAAGACUCGAUAUUGCCUCUACAUGAAGUGAGGCAGUACGGUCCAUGAGAAUCAUGAAUGAAAAGCAGUAGUGAGUUAGUCACAUACUACUCAUAAUUUGUCUAUCUUCAUGAAUUCUAAGAAUUCUGAUAAAUUAAUCAGUGUACUCAAAAAUGUCUAAUUUGCACCAGAUUUGGUGCUUCAGUGACAGAAACAAGGUUGUUUCAGUAUGGCUUCAUCAUAAGGGAAGGGAGCUCAUUUUAGUGUAGACUAGUAUGAACAUUAUUUUCAACUUUAGUUUUAACAGCAACUAACCACCUUCGUAUUCAGUGGAAGUCAGGUAUAUUUCAGAUGUUUUCAUAUGACUUUUGAACCACAUGUCUUAGGGAAAGUUGUGAGUCAGUUCACUGAGUAAUUUGACAUACUAUAUUCCAAGUACGUACAUUGUAUACCUUUUUUUAAUGUUGCAUUUAUUCUUAUUGAACUUGGCAGUGCACCAUAAUGCUUUAGUCAUAUAUUGUGUAAAUGAAAAGGAAUGUAAACAUGUGCUGUCAAUAAUUAUAUAUUUUUUUCUGACGUCCCACUCAUGCAUUCCCCAAAACGUGUUGCAUGUUUGCAUUUUAUUUGUGAAUAACUUGACCUGCUUUUUAAAUAUUUAAUAAUAAAAAAGAACUAUGUUAAGUGAGAUGUGUUUUUGUAUGUUUAACCUGCGUUUUGAAAGCUGUUGAGAUUUGGAUGGAUUUACUGUAAUAAAACCUUUCACCUUUUCAGUCAAA